GAAGUACUUUUUACACACAUACUUCCCCACCCGACAAUUUUAUUAUUAGGAAGGGGCUCAAGUUGGGUUGAAAAUAUACAAACAUAUUAAAUUGUACUUUUUAUCCUGCGCCAAAAAAAAAUUAUGGUCACACUCAUGCCGGUCGAAAAAAGCGCAAUUAUUUAAAAUUUAACAACUAAGCCAAAAACACCUGUGCAUCUAAAACCAAUGCAGGUGUAUCGAGAAGUCAAAUAAACUCGCUGCAAGGUUUAUUAUAAAAUUAUAUAAAAUGACUAGCACAAGUCGACUUAAAACCUUUUCACUCGGAAUGUAUAGACGUUAGUGUACAGUUUAUAAAGUUGUAUAUAUUUAAUUACGGUAUAAUAAAGCAUGCGGGGGGGCGAGGCGGCGCGCCGCGCUCUCAUAUUCCGUAUAUUGAUUGUGUGCGAGGGGGCCGGGGCGAGGAGGGGGCCACGGCGUGCCCCACUCUGUUUUUUACGACACGGCUUUCUGUGUAACAUAAUAAGUAUUUAAAAAUUUUGUGAAAUGUUUCGGUGUUAUGUGUGAAAAAUUGGGAAGUCGGAAAAGUGAAUACGAGAUGCAGGGGCUGGUGAGCGAUAAGACGUUCCACUUGAAGUGGAACAACCACCUGCAGAACCUGAGCCAGCUGUUCACGACCAUCUACUCGUCGUCGGCGCUGGCCGACGUCACGCUCUCCUGCCGAGAUGGGACCCUCAAGGCGCACAAGCUCGUGCUGUCCGCCUGCAGCCCCUACUUCGAACAGAUAUUCAAGGACAACCCAUGUCAACACCCCAUCGUAAUACUGAAAGGUAUACCUUUCUCCGAGAUAAAUCUCCUUGUGGAGUUCAUGUACAAAGGCUCUGUGGACGUCCAGGAGUUGGAUCUACAGUCAUUGAUGCACACAGCUUCCGAACUUGAGAUCAGAGGCUUGGCAUACGAGGCGAGGGACAAUGCUGCACAGUUGCUGAAUGUGAACUUGGAGUACCCUACGUAUAGUCAGAAUGCUACGGCUGCUGCAGUUGCGGCAGCUACUGCCUCGGCAACAACAGUUUCCACACCUCAGUCAUACCCACCUGCCAGAACUGAUGUCGAGAGGUUGAAGCAGAUCCACAUGUACCAGCAGUCGAUGAUGCGCGCCGAGGAGAUCCGGCGGCGGCGGCGCGAGGACAUGCCCGGCACGCAGACCGCCGUCAACAACAUCCUGGCGGCGGCCGCGCGCGAGAUGGAGGAGGCGCGCCACGCGGCCCGCAGCGGCGAGCGCGUCGUGGCUAGCAUACAGACUGAGCACGAAGCAGCAGCAAUGGCCACAGCAUCAGAGGUGGUAGCAGCUGCCGUAAAACGCGACAUGCAGACAUCAGAAGAAGACAGGCCGAAGAAGCGUGUCUCCAUCAUGUCACCUGAUGAUGAGAAACUGCGCACCAAGAAGAAGACCAUGACCGUUCGCUUCCAGGACGACAACGUUAUUAAGACUGAGGAACGCCCCAACAAAAUCACCUCGCCUGGGGCGCCAAACGCGAACCACUCGCACGAGCACAAGGAGCCGGAGCUGAAGGCGGGCGGCAUCAAGGUGGUGCAGCUCGCCGUGCUGCAGAAGCCGCACACCGCCAACAACGAGCACGACGACUCAGACGGUGAGGUGCUAGUGGCGACGCGCAUUCACUCUUUGUUCACUCGGCGGGCUCCGCUACAACUCGCACGAGCACCGGAGCCGGAGCUGAAGGCGGGCGGCAUCAAGGUGGUGCAGCUCGCCGUGCUGCAGAAGCCGCACACCGCCAACAACGAGCACGACGACUCAGACGGUGAGGUGCUAGUGGCGACGCGCAUUCACUCUUUGUUCACUCGUCGGGCUCCGCUACAACUCGCACGAGCACCGGAGCCGGAGCUGAAGGCGGGCGGCAUCAAGGUGGUGCAGCUCGCCGUGCUGCAGAAGCCGCACACCGCCAACAACGAGCACGACGACUCAGACGGUGAGGUGCUAGUGGCGACGCGCAUUCACUCUUUGUUCACUCGGCGGGCUCCGCUACAACUCGCACGAGCACCGGAGCCGGAGCUGAAGGCGGGCGGCAUCAAGGUGGUGCAGCUCGCCGUGCUGCAGAAGCCGCACACCGCCAACAACGAGCACGACGACUCAGACGGUGAGGUGCUAGUGGCGACGCGCAUUCACUCUUUGUUCACUCGGCGGGCUCCGCUACAACUCGCACGAGCACCGGAGCCGGAGCUGAAGGCGGGCGGCAUCAAGGUGGUGCAGCUCGCCGUGCUGCAGAAGCCGCACACCGCCAACAACGAGCACGACGACUCAGACGGUGAGGUGCUAGUGGCGACGCGCAUUCACUCUUUGUUCACUCGUCGGGCUCCGCUACAACUCGCACGAGCACCGGAGCCGGAGCUGAAGGCGGGCGGCAUCAAGGUGGUGCAGCUCGCCGUGCUGCAGAAGCCGCACACCGCCAACAACGAGCACGACGACUCAGACGGUGAGGUGCUAGUGGCGACGCGCAUUCACUCUUUGUUCACUCGGCGGGCUCCGCUACAACUCGCACGAGCACCGGAGCCGGAGCUGAAGGCGGGCGGCAUCAAGGUGGUGCAGCUCGCCGUGCUGCAGAAGCCGCACACCGCCAACAACGAGCACGACGACUCAGACGGUGAGGUGCUAGUGGCGACGCGCAUUCACUCUUUGUUCACUCGGCGGGCUCCGCUACAACUCGCACGAGCACCGGAGCCGGAGCUGAAGGCGGGCGGCAUCAAGGUGGUGCAGCUCGCCGUGCUGCAGAAGCCGCACACCGCCAACAACGAGCACGACGACUCAGACGAGAAAGGCAAACACGUCAUGGACGAUGACGAGGAAACAGACUCAAGCGGUUCCAUAUCAGACUCCGGAGCCAACGAGUCGCAGGACGGCCGGCCGCACGUGUGCGACGUUUGUGACGUCAGAUUCGCGCGUUCGUCACACCUUUCGCGGCACCGACUGACGCACACGGGCGAGCGGCCCUUCACGUGCGGCGGCUGCGGGCGCUCCUUCGCGCGCUCCGACAAGCUGCGCGUGCACACCAAGAUCUGCGAGAGGGAGGAUCCAACAGUGGAUAUGCAAAAUGAGGCUGUAGUGAAACGCGAAAACAACUCUGAAGUGAUGUCCGGGAUGGUACGAACCACGCACAGAGAGUCCGGCCAUCUUGUUUUUACCCCCAGCGGUGACGUCAUGCUGCCCCCUCGGGCGGGCAACCCGGUGGUACUCAACACGACCUUGGAACCCGUCAGAAAUGAGAUCAACCAGGGGGACUUAGUGGAUCCCCCUCGUAGGGGCCGCGGCCGACCCAGGAAGACUCCCUUGCCACUCACUCCUAAGAUCAAGAAAAGGAGGGGACGACCUCCCAAAACAUCCCUAGAUAUGGAGGGCUGCGUGCUGACGAGCGGCGCGGUGCAGGGCGGCGCGCUCGCGUCGCACCAGCUGCUGCUCAAGCGCAAGCGCGGCCGCCCGCCGAAGAACUACUUCAUCUCGCGACCCGGUAUGGAAAUGUCGAUACCGAUCCAGUACGGGCUAGCCGCAGAUAUAGCCAAGAUUUACGGCAGACCCAACGAAAACUACAAUGCGACGAACCUUCCUUUCGGCGACUUCUCCUACCUUACCGAGAUGAUGUACAACCCGCUCGCCUACUCCUACGGCGUGACCAGCGUGGACCCGGACCGAAACGUAGACGCGGACCACAGCAUGACCACAGAGACCUCCCACGACAGGACCAUCGACGUAUCGGACUCUUCUUCGGACGAUGAAGACAGUUCAAGGGUGGAGCCCGAAGAGAAUAUCCCACCAAUUGGACUCGAAACUCAAAUUAUGACCGUAGGCGACUGCCAGAUCGUCAAACUACCCCCAAACAAUGAGGACAAAGAGGACAAAAUGGAACAGUCCCCUUCGGAAACUAUAAUCGUCCCCGCGUCAACUCCCAGCUCGGUCACAAUCACGCCGAUAACAACUGUAGGUGACUGCACCAUCAGGCCCGUUAUCGAUAACACAUAAUGCGAGAAUCUUAGGGUCUACCCCGUCAUCUUGAUACCCUUCAAAUGGAAAUAGAUUGACGGUUUACGGUGAGUGAACGGAUUUUGUACUACUUACCCUUUGUGACACGGGCACUUGUACCCAAAAUCACUCUAACCCACGCGACGCUAAGAAUACUCAGACAAUCAAAUGUUUAAACUUUAUACGCCCAAAAAUAUUCAAUGAUUUUUCGGGAAUAUAAGUUUUAAUUACAGAGCUUAGUAUUGCUUGGGAGUAGGGUGUUAUCAUUGUGUUACCGGCUUUAACUCGGUUUUAUUUAGACAUUCCAAAGCCUUGAUAGUUUUAGAGUUGACAUAAUGACAUUGACUGGACUAUAAAGAAGAUACACGUCAGACAGAUAUAUACGUUCUGUAUAUGAUGCUCUUAUAUUCUUAAGAUAUACCUACUGUACUGUACUUUUUUGUGCAUUUCGUACUGGUGUACGAGAAUUUCUACUUAUAUUUUAUACAAAUACCUAUUUCAAUUUUUUUUUUUCAGAAGCCCAUUGGGGUAAUUUACAUGAGCUAUAUUUGCCUAAAAAUUCUGGUGUAUAAAGACAGUAACAUAUUCAUAAUAUUCUUGACGUAAGUUGUUCCCUAUAAAAUAUUGUCUUGCUUCAAAACAAGUCACGACAAUUUACACGGGUCGUACAUAAAUGUUAAAAUAACACACGACGUGAGUUUCAUUAAUUUUGUAAAUGCGAAAUUCGUUCACUCACGUAGUUCUAAUUUGUCACGCGAUGACGAACAAUCUAUACCAGUUUCCUAUUUCGUCCAUUUUGUUUGUUAUCGCAACCCUAUAACUGUAGUCGAAGAACGUCUUCCUUGAAUGGCUCUAAUGAAAUGGACGAAUAACUUUCCUAUCUACUCUUUUAUUUCAGGGGUAGACACUAAGGACUAUUAUUGUGGUAGCAUUCGUUUGGAACCGAGGUCGCUUCACCCAUUGUCGUAUUAAAUACUGAUGUAGUUUAUAUGUAUGUGGACGCUAUUUUAAUGUAGUCGCCGUGCAGUGAACCGAUAUAAAUUAAGUUAACUGAAGUAAAAAUUGAAAUGGAUUGGAUGGAAUUUGAAGUAUGCAUGAUAACGAAAUACACUUCAUUCAAAAUAUGCUAGUGUCUCUUUAAUAAAGAAAAAUAAAUAAUGUGGUGUUUUGUUCAUUUAGCUGGAUUUAACUGACUGUUCACUUAGUUUAUAUCGGUAUUUUUGCGGUAUAUGGUACAUUUACUGUAAAAUGCUUGUGCCAUCGUCUUAAGGCAUAUAGUGCCUUUUGAAAAACUUUUUGAUUGCUAUGAAUAUGAAUUAAUGUGAGCGUUAGAAUUUGAUGUCUUCCUAACUGUUUUAGCGUAAUUAUAAAUGUAGCGCCUUAUCUGAAGGGAAAUUGGAUACACGUCGUGGGUUUAAAUGGAAUUAAUACUUUCUGCACUUAAAACAUAUAAAACGAAUACUAUUAACUAAUAUCGUGGGUCUUUAGUCGUGAGUUUGUUAAACCUUACGCCUAUAGUUGUCACAUUUUGUAAGAUCUUAGACAUAGACAGUUUGACAUACACAACUGACUCACUCACGUUCUGGUACAAAAUAAUACGGUAAUACGGGUAUUUCAUCGUGAGUGCGAUUAUAAAAAUCUCUAUACGUCAAUCGCAUGUAAAUAGUGAUUUUCUUGCAAAAAGUUGUCUUUUUCUAACUACCCACGACGUGUGCGUAAAUGUUGAAUAACACCGCGACGUUUUCUUGUUAUUUCGGCGGCCUAAAUAAUGGACUUGAAAAAAAUGCUACUACAAUGAUCGAGGGACAACAAAAAAAAAAAUGAUAUAAUGAUAAGAAAUAAAACAAUUUGACUGUCGAACAUGCAUUUAAAUUGGUAAUGAUGUAAUUUAUUUAAAAAAUGCGAGAUUUAUUGUAACCGCUAAAGCUUUACAUGUGACGCGUGGGCACUCGGCGCCGGUGCGGUAUUUUCACAGGUAGAUAUGAACAACAUACAGGAUGUCUCGACUUGGUUGUACUGGUUUUCCACAAGAAUCUAGUUUUCCACGUGAACGUCCGAGAGAAGAAAUCGGUUUAAAUGUACCGUUUAAAUGUACCGACCAAAAGUUCCCAAUAGAGUUACUGCGGCUUGCUGUGGCAAAAAUGAAACUCUAACGUAUAAAAGAUAAGGUAUGUGUUAGAAUGAGGACUUUCUGAAAGGUUUUGAUGCAUUGUGCCACAGUGAACCAUAGUGUUCAAUUGUUGGACGUUGAAGUGGAUUUCAUUUACUUUGGAUACACUUGGGUCCAUUCUAAACUAAGUUAUGUCUUAAAUCGUGAGAGACCAACUCGAAUGGUCCACUCUCUAAUGUCGUCCCACCAAUUUCGCAUGUGAAGACCGGUUGCUCUACCUUUACGUUUCUUUCUAAGAUUAAACUUGAAAAUGGAAACUGAGCAAUCGGCAGGUGUCCAAAAAAAGCUCAGUUUUGUCUGCAUUUGCAGUUAUCAAAAGACUCCUAAAAUACAUCACUAUUGACCGAUUUUACAGUUCCCCUUCCAGUUUUAAGGCUUGAUGGCCCUUCUUGAUGCUGUUCCGGUUUUUAAUAUAUCGUUAAAGAGCCAUAAGGUAUACCACAGGCUUACAACGUAUAUUUGUAAACUUUUCGAGCUAUAACUUGAAAGUAUUCCAAAGCAAAGUUUAUUUUAAAUUAAACUUGACUUUGUGAGUAAGGAUCAAAUCUUACAAAUAACGUUACUCUAAAUAUUUUACCCGAAGAUGGUAGACAAAAUGUCUGUUAAUGGUUAAUUUUGUUGUUACCGAUUUUCGAAGCAUUUCUCAAUCGAUUGAUUGAUGCAUGUCAACUAGGUCGAGACAUCGUUAAUUGUUCAUUUAAUAUAUAUAUAAUCUGAGCCAUAUUACAUGAUAAUGAUAGUUUAAGGAUCUUUUAUAUGUAUUGUAGAGUAUUUUCCUAGCCCCGCGCAUGCGCCGCGCGCCCGCGCGUCGUUCAGAUAUACUCAUCGAGACCCAACCAUUAUGAACAAAUGUCACAAUCAUCAUAAUUAUUAUUAUUGGAAUAAUAAACAUUAUGCGUGAAAACCUGAACCGACAUUUUGCGAUAGUUGCAGUGAGAUGAGUGUCAAGAGAUGACGAGAUCAUUCUGACUACAUAUCGGUAUUUAGUCCAAAGACAUAGCUUAUCGGUAAAGCGGUCGGAGAGGUUUUGGUUCGAUCCUCGCCCCGUUGGUCUAUUGUCGUACCCACUCCUGUACGAUAUCCUCCUCUAUUGUCGUAAUACUGUCUUUCCCGACUAGUUGCCAGGAAUGGGAAUAUUAAAAAAAUGCCAAAUAUUCUUUAAAAAAAUAUUGCUCUCUCUUUUGCCCCAUCAUAACAAAACAGAUAAAGUCCGGCCACUCAGAGAUUGCGUUUCUGACAGAUGGGCGAUGUAACGUGAGAGAGAGAGAGGCAAAAAACGAGGCAAUUGUAAUUGUAUAUACGACCUAAACGCAAUCUCUGAGCGACCGAACUUUAGCAUAAAUAUCGUGAUCUUGAUCUCUUGAUCGUGAUCGUAAAAGAUAUUGCUCUAUCUUUUAUUCAAAAUAAUCUUGUUAUCUUUUGACGCGCAUCUAAUAGAAGUAGAAUAGUAUACUUUUAAGUACUGUCAUAUCAUAGUAAACCAAAAACAAAAAGAUAUUUUUUUUUGUUAUUGCUUUACUGAGAUAUUUUAAAGGGCUAGAACUUAGAAGGUCAGAGUCAGGAUUUUUUUUGUAUGGCCAUUAUAUUUCCAUGGCAAAGCUUUAUAUUAAGUAAAAGUAAAUAGAAUGGUCUUAUACUAAGAUGUUUAACAUAGGUUUUCACGUACGAUGUCGCAUAUAAUAUUCACGUAUAGAUUUAUAAUAUUUUCCGAAACUCUACAUAGAGGAGUGUUGCAUAUUUACUAAUUAUUGUAAUGAUGGAACGUAGAUAUAUUUAAUAAUAAAAAUAUUGUACUGUGUUGCCUUCAGCGUACUAUGUACUUAUGUCUAGCUGAUUAUCCAUGUGAGUGUAAUUUAAAAUUUCUUAAAGAAGACAGAUUCUUUUAUAACAUAUACGCUUUAGUGGGCAGCAACCUUUAUUUACACGAUUCGGGAAAAAAAUGCGAUGUCUCUCCCACAUGUUUAUAUUUUUUUUCGGUUCCUUUCGAAAACGAAGCAGACUAAAAAGAUUAUUUUAGUAUCAAAAAUAUUUUUGCCUAGAUAUAAUUAUAUUCGUAAGUAGCGUCUGAUUGGCUGUCUAUAAUAAUAAUAUAAUGGAUAUAUUAUGUAAUCGAACUAAGUAAUAUUUUAAUACUCGUAUUUAAUCAUAUCGUAGUAUUUCUUUUUAAUGAUUAUAUUAUCACGUGUAAUUAUAUUGUUGAGUAACGCGUCGUCUGCGAUAUGAUGAAUGACGAGCAGAUUUUGGAAUUAUUUUGCUUAUAAUAAAAAAAUGUGUUAAACAAUUAAAAUUUAUCCACUAACAUUAGGGUGAGUGUACACUGAUCCGAGGAGUUCCAACGUUUUUACAAAGUUUUGGUACUAUUACGGACAAAUUAGCUAGUGACGUGACGGGUAGCAGGGAUAGCUAUUUUACCAUAAUUUUGUGGUAGAGGAAACACCUCAGGUCCCAGGACUUGUGACCUGGGGUCUAGAUUUAAGGGUUCCCUUUAGAAUGCAUAAACACUCACCUCCCCUGCCCGACAUGUUCUCCAUGCUCACACUAAACAAUUUAUGAUCAAUAAUUACAACACAAAUUCACUAACGCGACUAGCAGCGUGACGGUGUCCACGCUGCCUAACAAAGAACUGAACUCUAGUCAUCAAAUACCCUCUUAUUUAUACCAUCACUGUUCGUACAGAUACCUUCUUCUUUAUUAUAAUAUAAAAAAUAAUGUUUAUACCCGUACUCGAGGAACUCAUAACAUUUGUCCAGCUUAAUAAUCAAAUCAAUAUAUUCAGUGUAUUGUUGCCUCAAACCAAAUGAUGAGCCCACUUGUAGCAUUCACCGGAUCCGAUCACAUACAAUAUUUUAAUUAUAUAGGUACAUACAUAUGUAACUUCUAACUUGGCUAAAGGCCUAGUAAUACUUUAUAAGCGUUCGUGAUGUAACACAUAGUAAACAGCCAUACACAAUUCAAAGUGUGUUUUCGGCACACGCGGUUAAUUACUAAAAUAUUUUGGAUUUUGUCGAACAACGUUUGCUAUUGAACGUUGCAUGUCCAACACAACACAAUACGUAACGUACCAUUACGUUGUACGAGUAAGGUCCGUUUAUAUCUACAGACGUCAACAGCACAGACAAAAUAUUCUUUCGGUGAAUACUGACUGGGCGCACCCCGUGUCUGUCAACGUCUGUGCGGCCGCGUUACGAUAGAUAAACACUGUAUACAAAAAUAUUAUUUUGUCUGCCACGGCACGUGUCUGGCACGCUAAAUGUCUGUAGAUAUAAACGGACCUUCAUGCCGUUACGUGACGUUAGAGUUCGUUGGAUCAGUGUACACCCGAUAUUGGAGUCAUCGUGUAGAGCGCACGCGCUGUUUCGCCUUUCCAUGUCUAAAUGUAUCAAUCUCUGUGAAUAUUAGAUCGUAGAGCGUAGUGUCUUAGAUAAAAAAAAUAUAUUCUAAAUAUUAUAACUCGGCAACACCACACGAACAAGUGAUACGAUGCCCGCUAAAUAUUUUUAGCGGAACAUUGUGAUGACGUAACUAUAUUUGUUUAACCAUUUUUGCCUAUAAAUGUGUAAUCGUAGACUUAAAAAGAAUGGUACAAGACUAUCUAAUUUAAUACUGCUGGUCGAACAACAAGGAUAUCUAAAUACCUUUUAAAAGUUGCUAAAUGUCUCAGUCGACUCGAUGCCACAUUUUGACUAUUUAUUUAAUUAAAAAGUCAACUAUUAUAUUUUUCUCUAAAUACGGUAGUUCGCAAAAUCUGCGUCAGUCAUGUUUUUGUCAUCAAAAGAAUCAGACGUUCUUAUUUUGUUCAAAUCUCAGUAAAAUACAUUACACAGAGUUCGUCAAAUAUUUCGUUCUUCCCGUUAUUUUAGUGAAUAUUUUAAAUUGAAAGACUUCGACAAUAGUCAAUAUGAAUGAAAUGAAAUUUGUUAGUGAAAUUUUCUUACUGAUGAAAUGGUAAAGAAAAUCGACAAAUCAAUGGUUUUGAAACCAUCGAAAUUGACCAGACCUGCAUUCUGUAAAGUUAUCGCUCAUUUCCAUGACAACUUUGUCAGUGACAUUUUAUUUUUGGCAUCCCAUAGAAAUAAAGUUCAAAUUCUAAUAAAACUUGUCAUAGACGAAUAUUACAUCGACGAGUAUAAAAUAGCGGAAUCGCACACCAGCACUAUUGCAUUAGAUGUUUCGUACGCCAUAACCCCACGCGUAAGACAGCUCUUAACCAAUCGGUGUGCGGUUGUAAAACAGCCGGGAUUGGAUUUUUCUGUUCUGAAGUUUAUGCUAAGUUCCUCUAAGUUUAUUGUAAAGUUCGUUCAGUCGCGGCCCGUUGCCGCGCAGCGAAGGACGUCUUCAAAGUAUUAACUCGCUACUAUAUAAAAUAUUUUUAAGAAAUUAUUUUGAUCAAAAAUACAUGUACAGUAGUAUAGUUCCUAACGUGUAAUCGAUACAAAAUUAUUGUAACCCCUUUCAAUUUAAUCGUAGUUGAUUACAUAAUUUUUAAUUGAUUUCGUUUUAGUGUCGGGUCGGGUGACUUUGCUUUUUGAUGUGAAUUUUGGCAGUUUAUGAAAUAUUAAUCAGACGUCACAACUUAAACAAAAAUAAUCUUUAAUUACUGCCAUACAAACCGUCUAUUACCAUACAGAAUACCUUUCACUUCAAUUAAUAAGAAAUAUAUUACUAAGUCCUUGAUAACAAUAACAAAUAUAUAUUCUUUUACAGAAAUCUGAGUAAUCUGUGCAGUGCAUAUAUUUUCAAAUUAUUUCAAAUCACAUACUUAAGAGAAAAAAUACAUUGGCACUACAUGUCUAACACAGAAUAAUCUAGGCGUUUUCAUUUAUCUGGUUUAUUUUUCAUUCAUUUCUCUGUUUUAACACGUAGGUUACUUUUUAUCGCGGAAAAAUCCAUGGCCCUCGCGGGAUUUGUGAAAAACUAAAUUUUACGAGGGCGUUCGCUAGUUUUCUAUAUUUUCAAAUCAGCAAAAUUAUUUUCAAGUUUUAUUAGACUGAUAAAGUAGCAUCGAAUAGCAAAGUCACUUAACUUGUCUGUAGCGGUUAAGUUUAUAUAAUUUCAAGAUCAAAUUAAUUAUUAACUCGUAGUUCACUACUAGUGAUGUAUCGUCGAAUUCGUUUUAAGGUGUGCUUAUGUUGAUGUCGGAUGUUUUGUUUAUUGAUUUCGUAUUUAAUGGAAGACUGCUCUGUACCGUUCUCUAUUAUAUCGACGUUUUAUUUAGGACCGAUUCGAUUUAUCGAUGUUUUAUUUAGGACCGAUUCGAUUUAUCGAUGUUUUAUUUGUCGAUGUUUAUUUUUUUACCGAUUCGACUUGUCGAUGUUUUGUUUAGUACCGAUUCGACUUGUCGAUGUUCUGUUAAGUACCGAUUCGAUUUGUCGAUGUUUUGUUUAGUACCGAUUCGAUUAAUCGAUGUUUACGCGUAAAGCCCAAGAGGCAUUUAUUCUCAUGAGUCUCAAACGGCAAGCUAAGGUUAUUGAGUGUUAAUUUAACGAAAGAAUCUGUAUUUUUAUAACUAAAGAUAAGUUAAUGCGCCGGAUAAUAUAAUAAUCGGUUACACUUUCACCCCUUGCAAUGUGAACUUAUGUAUAUCCCAUAUUAUGUAGUAGGUUAGGUUUUUAAGUUGAAAAUUACAUUGGCCCUAUUGGCAUUGUGUUGUCGUUAAGUUUAGUGUGUUUCCAGUUGCCGCUCUACUACUAGUUAACAUCUUCUUAUUAAAAAAAAAACAACGGAUGAGUUUCUUGCCGACUCUUCUCAAAACAUGCCUUUCGAACCGGUGGCAAAGUAAACAUUUUAACUUGACUAUUCAAAUGAAAAGACGAAAGUUGUCUUUUUGUUACAAAAACGAACGUUUUUAUGAAAUGAACAAUUUAGCAUAAAGUAGAUGGCAUUUUUUUGCAUCGUCAUCUAUUAUCCAAUGGUAUCGCAGUCCGUAUUCAUACUCACGUAAGAUGUUGACUAGAGAGAGGGAGAGGCUUUAUAGUUUUGCAAUAAAAAAAAGUAAUCCCUUAUUUAUGGAAUGUUAGAAGUGUGUUUGACCGGUUGAUUGCAUUUAUAUUAUCUAUCGUUUUUUUUCAUAUAACCAUUAUAAUUAUAAUUAUGAAAUAUUCGCAGUGGUACAAUAUGAAUUUACAAACGUCUUGCUUUACACGUGUUAUUUAAUGAAUUCUAAACGCAUUUAUUUAUUAGUAAUGCCCAUAAAUUACUUGUUGUAAAAUAAAUCAAGUUCAUCUAUCAAAGCAAUCAAUUUGUAAAGAAUAUUUAAAAUAGGAGGUAGUUAAUUCUAAAGAAGUAAACUCACGAACCUAUCUCAGAUCUUUUUGUUUGCAUUUAAAAAAAUCAAUUUAUUUAUUGUUAUAAAAAUCUUUGUGAAGAUCGAACGACGAAUCUGUGGUAUAAAGAGGCACAUACUUAUCUAAAAUUAUUACAUACUAGAAGUUAUAUAGGUACAGCGUAUAUGUAUCUGAAAUUACGAUUUAUCUAAUAAACCUCUAAUUUGCGUUUUUUCAACGACUUAGGAGUGAAUGAAUGAAUUAGCAGUGGGGGAACCCCUAAAAGAGGUCUUGGUUUAAAGCCCUUUAGGGUUAUCAAAAAUAAAUAAAAGGGCUUUGUAUUUAUUUUAUGAUUGCUUGUUUUAGCCCUAAAAUAAUUUUAUUGUAGGGUAAAAAUAAAUUCGAUUCGCCGCAAAUCGAAACCAUAGUAUUUUUUACACUGCCAUAUUAUAUUUUAUUUUAUUAUUUGUAAAUACACUUUGUACCGCUGCAACAUUUUUUUUUACUAUAAAAAUCAAUUUUAAAUGAACUUUUGUGUUUUUAAAAUCUCAUUAUAUUAUUUUAUCUCGUUUAAGGCCUAUUUUAUUGAUUUAAAUGUGUUAAUCUUUCAAAAAAUAGGGCCAUGAAAUGAAUUAUGGAAAAAAUCAUUGUUACAACAGCUAUUUUGAUGAGAUUUUUUUUUGUAUAAUUUAUACUCAAGUUUUUAUGUUAUGAAUCAAAUGGAUGUAUACAAAUCAGGACAAAUUUUUUUAAUUUGUAAUUGUGAAGGAAUAUUUUUAUAUUCUUGUAUUGUGAAAUGGCUAUAUCAUUUUACGUUGUGAUCAUGUAAGUGCAAAAUUUUAAUUACUUUUAACCAGUUUCGUUGACGUGGGUCAAUUUGAGGGCAGCAGGAAUGAUGUUCAGUUCUGCAUUGUCCGAGAGCAGUAUUUUUUAGCUGUAGUUCUUUAUUAUUAUAAACUUUUUUUUUAUUUUAACAUUUACGAAAUUCGAUCGUUAGUUAAUUUCUAACAAUGAAAUAUUUAAUAAAGAAAUCAAAAAUAAA